UUACCUUUUCUUGGAUGACGCCAGGGCUUUGUUAUUUCAGAUUUUGAGGGUAUUGAUAGGAUCACCUCCCCACCUCAUGCAAACAUCACUUAUUCAAUUGAAGCCGGAGUUUCUGCUGGCAUUGACAUGUUCAUGGUUCCAAAGCUUUACGUAGAAUUCAUAGAUGAUCUAACCAUGUUGGUGAAAAAGAAGUACAUUCCCAUGAGUCGAAUUGAUGACGCAGUGAGAAGAAUUUUGUGGGUUAAAUUCAUGAUGGGUAUUUUUGAGAACCCUUUUGCUGAUUACAGUUUGGUCAGAUAUUUGGGAAUCCAGGAGCACAGAAAUUUGGCUAGGGAAGCAGUAAGAAAAUCAAUGGUCCUUCUAAAAAAUGGUGAAUCUGCUGACAAGCCUUUAUUGCCUCUUCCAAAAAAGGUUCCAAAAAUACUUGUGGCUGGAAGCCAUGCAGAUAAUCUAGGAUAUCAGUGUGGUGGCUGGACCAUAGAAUGGCAAGGAGUCAGUGGGAACAAUCUUCUCAAAGGGACUACAAUUCUCAGUGCUGUGAAAAACACUGUUGAUCCUGAAACCACAGUUGUCUACAAGGAGAACCCUGAUGUAGAAUUUGUUAAAUCAAAUGGAUUUUCCUAUGCCAUAGUUGUAGUAGGAGAGCAUCCUUAUGCUGAAAUGCAUGGUGACAACAUGAACUUGACAAUCCCAGACCAUGGUCCUGAGACCAUAAAAAAUGUGUGUGGAGCAAUAGAAUGUGUGGUCAUCAUUGUUUCUGGUCGUCCUGUAGUUAUUGAACCAUAUGUUGGUUUAAUAGAUGCACUUGUUGCUGCUUGGCUCCCAGGUAGUGAAGGCCAAGGUGUAGCUGAUGUUUUAUAUGGUGAUUUUGGUUUCACAGGAAAGCUUCCAAGGACAUGGUUCAAAACUGUUGAUCAACUUCCAAUGAAUUUUGGAGAUCCUCACUAUGAUCCCCUGUUUCCAUAUGGGUUUGGCCUUUCUACCAAACCUACAACUAAGGGCUUUUACUCCUCAUAGUUAUCAGCUUCAUCUGUGUAUACUAUAAUUUAAUAAAAAAAAAUAUUAUUUGUAAUAAGUUGUUUAUUUUUAUAAUAAAAAAGUGAAAAGUUAUAUUCAUAGU